AUGAAUAUUUUGGCAAGCACUGGGGAUGAUUUCUAUGGACGAGGGAGAGCUUCUAUAUGGGAAAAGGAGGACAAUAGUUGGUAUCGUAUGAUGAGGGCAUCGGAUUACCAAUAUCCGAAACUACACGUACCAACCUAUAAUGACUACGCUGGUAUUGCAAACUCCGAAGAUUGCUCAGUGGUACUAUGUCAGGGCAUUUCGUGGGCAUGUGAUGGAACAUCACUUGUCGCUGUUCAUGAUGACUUCGGAAUACGCCAAUAUCUUAUUCCAGAAGGGAGUAAUAUGAAGCUGGCGCCGUUCCACCGGUUUUUCAAAUCUCAAUCCUUAUUAUCGCAUGCUGUCCAUCCUGGUCACUCCCUGUUCGAAGAUGACGAUAGUCACAAGGUUAUAUUAGUUUCUUCACAUGAUUUGCCUGUACAGAUGUAUUCUCUGAGUACACACAAUGACGACCAGCAACUGAAGUCUCUGUUCAAUUAUAGUACUGCAAACACUGCAAAUGAGAAAUUCAUGAGCGUUUAUGGGAUUUCAUUUGUAGAUUAUAGUCAAUUCCUGACGGGGUCUGCGAGGAACACUAUUUGUCUGUAUGAUGUUGCACGUACAAAUCCCAUAUGGACCUCGCAGACAACUCGGCGUGUCUGUGGGAAAUCGAACCAUAGAGCGAUUGUUUCGUGUUUUGACGAGGUUAACGAGCGGCACGAUGAGGUUAGAUACGCUGGGACGUACAAAUCCGAACUAAUACGAGUGGAUCCUCGUACUGGCCAUAUCGCGACGUGGAAGUCUCUGAAGGGCACUGGUCAUGGAAUUUACCAGAUCCUGCGAAGUGAUAACGGUCACUACCUUUAUAUCUUACAGCGAAACUCCAAAAUAAUAAGUGUAGUUGACAUUAGGUACUCAAUGUCAACCGUGAACGAGUUACAUCUUCCAUUCAAAAUACUUAAGCAAAAGAUGUGGGCAACUUACAGUACAACAUAUGGAAUUCUGGUUGGGAAUGAGGAUGGUCGUAUACUGCGGUGGUCCAGAGAUUCUAGUGAAUUUGGUGGUCUGACGAACACCGGGGCUCCAGAUGCGGAUGCUUCAACCCCUACGCUGCUAGUGGACCUUGAAAUGCCUUCUUGCCGAAUUAACAACAUACAGCAAAGUCCCAAAGCUGCCAAUACAUUCGCUGUUUCUUACACAUCCGAUAAAUUCGACACCACUGAUCCUAAUCCCCUGUCUGGAAUAAUGUUACUUGAACUAUAA